UCUGCGCCCGCGAAUCUCUCCACUGAUCCCUCCCUCAAUUAUAUUGCGAUGCCGUUGGAAUCGGCGUCUCCUCUGUCACACUCCUCCCGCGAACGCGCGAUCGCGCCUCCUCCUAUUCUUCCUCUGCCGCCGCCAUGGCCGCACCGGAGAUCCGGACGACGGCGGAGGCGAUGCUUACGCUUGUCCAAGAAGUCGCCGCUAUGGGCCCCGUCCUCGCCGCCGCCUCCGCUCCGAGCUCGCUCGGCGCCAGCUGCCUCCGCCUCUCCAGGAAGAUCUCCCUCCUCUCCCACUUCCUCGAGGAGAUCUGGGACUUCGCCGCCAGAUCCGACGACGCUACGCCGUCGCUGCCUCCCUCGGAGGCGGCCUGCUCCUCCUCCUCCCCCUCCCCGCCGGUGGACGUCACGUCUUGCUUGGCUGAUCUCUUGAUGGCGCUUGAAGCGGCCAAGAAGUGUCUUCUGCUUGGCCGCCGGCCGAGGCAGGACAAUGCCUCCUCUGAUUUGGUAGAAAAGAACAUUGAUAUCCAGUUCCAGUAUGUGACAUGGCAGCUAGAGAAGGUUCUUGGGAAGAUUCCAUAUGAAAACUUUGGCAUAUCUGAUGAAGUCCAAGAACAGGUUGAGCUGAUACGUGCUCAGCUAAGAAGAGCAACUGUGAAAAGUGGAACUACAAAUCUGAAAGUAUUUUCAGAGAUAUAUGAUAUGCUGUCACAAACAUGUGGUAAAGAACUCAAACUGCAAAGGACAAGCAGCUCUCCGGAACUUCAUAUUGAUGACACAGUUGAUGGUGAUCAUGAUUUCAAAGACAUAGUUAUGCUGGUUGCAGAAGUUAAUGGAAAGUCUAACCAUGAUAUGGAUAAUAUAACAUCGGAUAUAACAGCAGGACUUAAUAAGGCCAGGAUAGCUGAUUCCUUCAUAUCUGUUGUUAAUGAUGAUAAUCAAAUUAACUUAACCUCGCAGAUGCUGGAGGUAUUUAAGAGACCUGUCCCUUUGGAGAUUCCUGAGGAUUUCCGAUGCCCAAUUUCCCUGGAACUAAUGAAGGAUCCUGUUAUAGUUUCCACAGGGCAGACUUAUGAGCGAGCUUAUAUACAAAAAUGGAUAGAUUGCGGCAACAGAACAUGUCCAAAGACCCAGCAAAAACUUCAAAAUCUUACACUGACCCCUAACUAUGUUUUGAGAAGUCUAAUCAUGCAGUGGUGUGAACUUCAUAAGGUUGAGCAGCCACACAAAACAGUGAGUGGAUGGAUAAGGAAGAGUGAUGGAGCUUUUCAUGAAUUUACAGCGGAUAGAGUUGCUAUUGAUGUGUUGGUGUGCAAUAUCUCAAGUAGGUCUUUGGAGGAUCAGAGGUCUGCUGCUGCUGAACUAAGGUCCCUGGCAAAAAGGAGCACAGACAACCGGAUUCUGAUAGCAGAGGCCGGAGCAAUUCCUGUUCUUGUGAAACUGCUAUCAGCUGAUGACCAUAAAAUCCAAGAACAUGCAGUGACAGCACUACUGAACCUUUCUAUUUAUGAACAUAACAAGGAAUUAAUAGUACUGGCUGGUGCCAUUGGUCCAAUCAUUCAAGUGCUCAGAGGUGGAAGCAUGGAAGCAAGAGAAAAUGCAGCAGCUGCCAUUUUUAGCUUAUCACUUAUUGAUGACAAUAAGAUAACAAUUGGAAGUGCACCAGGAGCUUUUGAUGCAUUGAUCGAGUUACUGUAUAGUGGGAGUCACAGGGGAAAGAAAGAUGCUGCGACAGCCUUGUUCAACUUGUGCAUAUAUCAAGGAAACAAAGCCCGUGCUAUUCGAGCUGGAAUUCUGUCACCUUUGCUGAAGAUGCUUCAGGAACCAUUGAGCAAUGGCAUGAUAGAUGAAGCACUAACCAUUUUAUCAGUUCUUGUGAGCCAUCAAGAAGGAAAGAUGGCAAUAGCCAGGGCCAACACUAUCCCACUUCUGAUUGACCUGCUAAGGACUGGCCAACCUCGCAAUAAGGAGAAUGCAGCAGCUAUACUACUUGCACUUUGCAAGAAAGAUAAUGAGAAUUUGGCAUGCAUUGGGAGAUUAGGUGCCCUUAUACCGCUGACCGAGCUCGCAAAGAGUGGUACGGACCGAGCUAAGCGCAAGGCCACUUCUCUCUUGGAGCAUCUUUGUAAGUUGCAAAUGCUAUAGCUGACCUUCAUUUCGGUUUAUAUAUACUUGAAGGCUAGCUUGCAUUAUUUAUGAGUGAAACUCAUUGAUGUCAACUACAUGUCUGUCUACUUUUUUUCGUUAUUUGAUUCUUUGCAGAAGUGUGCAAGGAUUGUUAAGUACCUUUUGCUAUUUUCCAACUUAUUGUGUAAAAUAAACAGUUGGUGUGGUUGCUCCUCCUUUUGUUUUGGUUAUUCUCUCUGUAUAGAUGGAACAAUCUGCACUAUAAAAAUCUUUGUCAGUCUUUUGUAUUA